AUGAAUCGCCACCUCUCAUGCUUUUUGAUUAUCAUUGCAUUGUGUGCUGAGUUGAGUAAUGGAGCGGGUUUGCUGAAAGACUCUGUACAUUUUAACAACUCUCUUCAACCACACAACAUUCUCAAGGUCCAUUGUCUCACGGACGAAGAUAAUCUAGGCGAACAUUUGUUGAAUCAUGGACAAACCUAUGAUUUCAGUUUUUAUGAAAGUAUUUUCAAGACUGAAGUCAAUUGUGGCUUAUGGCAGGGACCUGGUUUCAAGUUCUAUGCAUCGUUUAAGGCAUAUGAAGGUGGUGGUCUCAUCAUCCAUUAUGGUAAGAAAAACUUUUGGGAUGCAAGAGAAGAUGGUAUAUAUUUCACACAUGGUUUUUAUCCUUACAAACUAGAGUACAGGUGGUCAGGCCACGUCAUUGCACCAACUCCUUAAAAUGGAAAGAAAUAUAUGUAAUCCCUCAAAUGAAGUGGAUUUCGAUCACCUU